AUGGCCUCUUCGUCUUCUUCACCUACGCAGACGAAAGACGAAGAGCCAAGAAACUGGGCGGAGCUUCCGCCGGAGUUGACGGCUUCGAUUCUGCUUCGUCUUGGGGCUUUUGAGAUACUGGAAAGCGCUCAGAAAGUGUGCAUGCCGUGGCGCCGCGUUUCAAAGGAUCCCUCCAUGUGGCGGAAAAUCGACAUGCGAAACCUUGGAAAUGGCAGAAGCUUUUAUUACGACUUUGAGAGCAUGUGCCGCCACGCCAUCGAUCGCAGCGAGGGCGGCUUGGUUGAAAUCAACAUUGGAGACUUUGGUAGCGAUUCUCUCCUCACCUACAUCGCCGACAGGCUGAAGUCCACCACCACCGCCGCCAGAUCUGAAGCCACCGCCGCCGCCGUCGACCCGCCAAGCUUCCAUAGCCGUAGAUCUGCUUCAUCAGCCUGAAAAUUGU